AUGAAGUCCAUAAUAUUCCUACCAUUUCUCUUUGCCUUUGCCUUGUGCACCCAAUUCAUGCUUGGUGCCGCUGAUGCUUCACCUGAGCAAGUGAUUGACACACAAGGCAAGGAAGUUCGAACCGGCAUGGAUUACUAUAUCCGGCCGGUCCCAACAACCCCAUGUGAUGGCCGUGGACCUUGUGUGGUUGGUAGUGGCUUUGUUCUUAUAGCAAGAUCAUCAAACGAGACAUGCCCCCUUAGUGUUGCGGUGGUUGAGGGUUUUCGCGGCCAAGCAGUGACAUUUACACCUGUUAACUCUAGAAAAGGUGUUGUUAGGGUCUCUACUGAUCUGAAUAUCAAGGUGUCCCUUGAAACAAUAUGUACCGAGUCCACAGUUUGGAAGCUUGAUGAUUUUGAUGCCUCAACUGGACAGUGGUUUGUGACUACUGGUGGUGUUGUGGGAAACCCUGGCAAGAAUACCAUAAGUAAUUGGUUCAAGAUUGAGAAGUAUGAAGAUGACUAUAAGCUUGUGUUUUGUCCCAGAGUGUGUGAAACUUGCAAACCCUUAUGCAAGAAUGUUGGGGUGUUUGUGGAUAGUAAUGGAAACCAACGUGUGGCUCUCACUGAUGAGCCUUACAAAGUCAGGUUUCAGCCAUCUACUUGA